CUGAGUAAAUUUAACACCUGUGCUCAAAGAGCUUUUCAUGUAUUGCUAAUUUUAUGCUAUCAAUUAAAAUAUAUUUCAAUCUUUAGAAUGGUACAAAGAUUUCCUAUAUGAUUAAAUGCAAGGUCUCCUCUUGUUCAGUCAUUAUUUAAUACUUUUUUUUAGUUUUACUUUUAGUCUACUUUUUUAAAUUGAACUUUUAACUAACUUGCUUAACAAUAAUGGACAGUAAUCUUCUUAGUCUUGUGACUUUCACUGUGAGUUGACUAGUAUUGAGUCAGCGUCAUCUCAGUAGUGCAUAGUGAGGUGUGUAGUCUUGUGUGUCCUGUGUGUUAGUGUUAUAAAUUUAUUUUAAUUAGGACCUAAUUUUCUUUUUUGCAUUUUCAUUUGUCUUAUCACUUAAAUCACUAUCAUGAGUGCGCCUGACUAUGUGCCAGCUAGGUAUCUCUUUUAUAAUUUUAUAUUGCUUCUGGUAUGGUUGCUUCCUCUUCAAAACCAGCCCUCCCACUACUCAUCAUGUUGGCUAAUUUCGAGAGAUAGCACCCUGACGUCAUUUGCAUGUUGUGUCUCUGACUCUGGUUCCGAUAGGGUGAAAACCCUGGUUCCGAUAGGAUUAAAACCCCGGUUCCGAUAGGGUGAAAACCCUGGUUCAGAUAGGAUUAAAACCCCGGUUCCGAUAAGGUCAAAACCUAGGUUAGGGAUAAGUUUAGGGUUCAGGUUAGGUUUAGGGAUAGAUUUAGAGUUGAGGUUAGGUUUAGGGAUACAUUUAGGACAUAAGUUCGGGGAUCGUGGCAACCAAGAUGGCGGCAGCGGUGCUAUCUCUCCAAAUUUACCAUCAUGUUUUAUAUUAAUAGUACUGAAUGAAAAUAAAAUAUGUCAAGCUGCGAGCAUCGUGUGUCACAGUUGAACGCAGGUAAAAGAGUUAAUUUUUUUUAUAUUAAUCAGGAAAGAGCAACGGGUGUGGUGUAGGACUGUCUGUAGACCAGACCUGUUUACUCUUACGAUUUUGGCGUACAAUGUACGAUUUUAGGCGUAUAGAUUGUAUAUACUGUUAAUUUUUUACUAUAAAUAUAACGUAUUGAACGAUUUUGUGAUGAUAUUCUACGAUUUUAAGAGUUUGAGGGUAAACAGAUCUGGUAGACUGUAGGUCUAUUAUUGUUUAAAGGCUGGCGAGUAGGGUCUAGGACUCUCUUUACUAAAGGCUUAAGGUCUAUUCAUCUAUUACAUAAAGGCCUGCAUAUAUUUCAUAUAUAUUAUAUUAUAGAAAAUUAGAAGUAAACUUUUAUAUUUUUUUUUUAUAACACUUGUCGCCACCUAGUAUUUUUUCAAAAUAUCCUGACCCUGUGUAAAACUAUUCCCCCUCCCGUUUAAGCCCUAGUUUGUAUGAUUUAAAUAAUCCAAGCCUUCUUCAUACAGUUAUAUGAAUUUGAUCACAAAGGUCUACACCUUGUGUUUUUUUUUAAUAAUUGAGGCUGAGGUUUACUUCUAUAACCAUUUUUUAUAUUUUUUUGCAUUAACUUAAUACUGAAUAUUGCUUGGUUAGACAAAGUUGCAAGUUGUAGACCCCUAUAAAUUUUUAGCUCAUUGACAUCCUAUCUACAACUCUUUUUUUUUUCUACCUAAGUUUUAUAAAUCUUAUUUUUACAACCAUGUUGAAGCAAGAUACAUUUUUCUUUUUAAAAAAUGUCAAUCAAACAAUCAAUGUAUUCCAUUCAAAUUUAUUCUAAAAUUAUGUCGCUGUUCAUAAAUACUGGUACAGAAAAAAUGUAGAGAGCUUAUAAGUUGAUUAAGUUUUUAUGGGCCAUUUUGGGGUUGGUAUGAUUGAUUAUAAAAGCUAAAAAUAAUUGUUUUCAUAAAAUAUAAUUAUCCCCUUUAUUUUAUUUAUGUUCUAACAAGUGACAGAUGUUAAGACCUAGAUAUAGACAUAUAUUAUGCAGAAGCCAGAAAUAUGACCUCAUAAGCUGUCAAAUUUUUUAAAAAUAUUUUUGCGGAAAAUACAUUUGACAUGAUUUGAAAUUGAAAUACAUUUGGAGAAAUUUAACAAGUGCUUUUGGGAAAUUCAUUUUUUUUUUCAAAGAUUAUUAGAAGUAAACUUUUAUAUUUUUUUAUAACACUUGUUAUAAAUUAGAAAUAAAAUUUUACAUCAUAAGUAUUAAAAUCAAGCGAUUCUUCAGCUAGGUUAUAAAGAGAGAGACUGCAACCAGGUUAGGACAGCUAGGGGGUCUUCACCCAGGACCUCAGGGAUCAGAAUAUAAUACAAAUACACAAUGAUACUGUAAAGAACAUCUAGAUCAUAAAAAAUAUUUAACAAAAAAUUUCAUUUGGAGCAUAUUGUUAUUGUUUUGCACUGAGACAGUUUUUUAAAUUAUUAAUGAAAGAAGGAUUUUCAUAUUUUUUUUUUUUUGGGUCUCUUUUUGUUUUUAACUGCAACUUUCUAUUUUGUUUUGCUUGUGAAAAUUUAAAAUUAAUUUUUCCUUUUAUUGAAGAGAACUGUUAGUAACAGAAUAAAACAAGUAAAAGAAGAUGGGAAAUCAGAUUGUUCGCAAAAGUUCUGUAUCAAGAAAAAGCACUCAUGAGCAACAGCAUGGCAUAGAGGACAUUGAUGGUUCUGAAAGUGAUCAACUGCAUAUGAGCAGGAAAAAAAGCCGGAAAUACCAAACCAUUGCAUUGAUAAAGCUUUUUGAAGUAUGUUUAUUUUACAUAAUAUUAAAAAUAAAUUUACGAAAGCUUUGAUGGGCAUUUUUUAAAUUUUAUAGAUGCAGUUUUAUGCAACAAUUGUAAAAUUUGAGUGAUUUCUACCAUUAGGUCGUGGGUUUGAUAAAUAAUGUCCGCUGGCAAAAUUUCACUUAUACUUAUACUCGCAUAUCUAUACAGCACCAAUUAUGAUUUCUUAUUUUUUGUAUGAUCCCCUCUCUAACCUACAAAUGAGACCAGUGCUUUCCAGUGGGGUAAAUGUUUGCCUCAUUAACCAUAUUUACCAUUUGGCCCCUUUGGGUAAAUAAUUUUAUUAAAUUGCAGUCUUUCUUAUAACUUUCUUAUGACAUUUUAGAAACUGGAAUUAACUGCAGAUGGUGACAAUGCACACCCAGGGGAACUAACGAAAGCUACAUUUGAGGUAGGUAAUGUUAAAGAUAAACUCAUAUGGUUGGAUCUAGAAGUGAGAUACAUGUCGUCAUUAAUGAUUGAAAUGCUAAACAUAAUGAGUGUUACAUGUGUAGCGCUUCAUGAAGUUGCAAGCUACACGGUAACUAUGCAUACUGCACACUUUGUCAAAAGUGAGAAUAUUGGGGCAUCUCAUAGGGUAAUAGUUAAUUGUUUUGUUGGUAUGUAAUUCACGCAAUUUAUUGAUCUCUACAUUAUUGGUUUACAACAUUUUUCGAAUGGACCAUUAUAAAUUAAUCGAUUGUGUCAUAAAAAUUAAAACAAGAAGAGGUGAGACGUUCCAUGAAAAGCAGAUGCCUCUUUACAUCUCUAUUGUACACUGGUCUAAGACAUUUUCAGCUAGCCAGAGCAGACUCUUCAGAAAAUUUUUUAUGUCUCCAAAACUGCUCAAUAUCAUCAUAUCACAAUGUGUUUGAAAAUGGAGAAUUUUCCACACAAUAGCCAGGCUGAUGCCUUUCAAGCAGUCUCUUUGCCAUAUUACUCUCCAUGUUCCUCCAGUUUCUUUCAAGGACUGGAACAAGAGAGUGUACAUUCAUAUCAGUUUUACAAGAAAGCUUUUCAGCAUCGCUGCCUCCAUUCCAAGACUGAUCUAGGGACUGCUCUUGGCUGAUAAUGCACCCUAACAGGACAUACAGAGAACAGACUUUGUAUAUAUGAGCUCCUAAGAGUGACCAUCGCCCAUAAGAAUAUAAACUUCUUAGUACAAAAAUCAGAAAGAGAUUCCUCAGGGAUAAAUAAAUUAAUGGAAUCAUGCCUUAUAUUGGGGGUAAAAAUUAGAUAUAUUUAAUACAGUUAAUUAGUAUUUUUGUCCUAAAAUUAAUGAACAUUAUUUCAGAAUGCAUUUCAUGGACCUUUACACAAAUUUGGCAAGUUGAUGUAUUUACAAAUGAUGACAAAUAGCAGUACUACAAAUCGAGAGAGAAUAACCCGUGAACAAUUUGUCAAAGCCGGAAGAGAAAUAUUGAAAAUGUUUGAUGAGAAGGUCAUUGUCAAGUAUUACUACUAUUUAUUUGCAUCCUCUAAGGACCAUUUGAAUAAAGAAGGUAUUUAAAAUUAUUUAUUUUCAAAGCUUAAAAGUUUUAAAAUACAUUUUUAUUUUAUAUUCUAUUUACAAAAAGCUGUAAAUUAAGCAUGACCAAAAAUACGUAAGUGUAAAAAAUUAAUUGUUUUGGUCUGGUCUGUUAGAAUUAGAAUAAAUUCUGCUUCAAAACUGUGAGUAAGAGUCUGUGAAAAAACAUGGUCCUCACCAGCCCAAUGCUGCAGUUUUAGAUAUUAUAGAGGAUAUUAUUUAUCAAUGUUUGAUGACUAGCAUUUAUUUUUUGUUGUAGACCUUAUAAGGAAUUAAUAAUAUAAAUGAAAUCCUUUUUUUUUUCUUUUUUUUUUUAAUGUAUACUUUACUGAUUUACAAAAAGUGUUGACAUUUUAUUUUGAAGUAUUUGAAUGGGGAGAUGAGGAAAGAAAGCUGUAAAAAUUGUUUGACUUCUUGAUUGGGAUGGAAGACAUUGGAUAAACAUCCAUUUUGAAAAAUUAAAUUAAAUUGUUAAAAUAACCACACCACACUUUGAAAACUAUAAUAUAUUUUUAAAAAAUUCCUUUUAUGUCUUUAACAAAAUAAUGCACAGCAAUUUUGACAAGCAUUGGACAUCAGAAAAUAUUAGUGCUAAAUAGUCUCAUUUUGGGCAAAGACAGCUUCUCAAAAUUAACACCACCUUAUAGUUUCAAAGUGGCUCACUUGUUUAUGUAAACAAUUGAAAAUUUGUGGUAUCUUGAACUAUUCAAGAAAAAUUAUUUUAUUAAAAUAUAUAUAUUUACAGAUGCAAGACAAAUGUUUGAAAUCUCAUUUGCCCUCACAUUGUCCCUGUCUAAAAUUCUAUACCAAGAAGAUGAAAGGGAUCCUCGUGUGUUCAUGGCCAUGGUCACUGGCUUGGUUAGUUACUCAUCCUUAGUUUAACUCAUUCCCUCCGGCAGUAUUACUUCUGUACUUAAUUUAUUUUUCUGAGAAAAGGGAAGGAACUCAGUAUUGAAAUUGAUUUACAUUUUAAAAAUAUUUUUUAAGCUGCUAAAUAAUAAUAAAUGUUAAUGAAAUAAGGACGAAUGCAUCAAAAAAUGAAUAAGGUUUAACAAAAAAAAUUACAUUAGUGGCGAAAAAAUAAUGAACAAUGGGCAAAAAAAAUCGAUUUUUGGCACCUCGGACGAACACAUGCUACAUAUAGACGCGCUGUUCUAAAGCACACGUAGUUUAAAAGUGAAACAAGAUAAAAACUUCAGGUUUUUAAAUUAAAAUCAUGCAGAAAUCACGCCAUAGCCGGAAGUCUUGAGGUACGCGAGAUUUCAUUGCUAUUUUUAACUAAAAUUAAGAGAGGUGUGUCGCUAUGCUCCAAGACACAUUUGGGGGCAUCAGGAGAAACCCUCAAAGGACGCAUUUAGUCGCAACUGUCGGGAAUGAGUUAUGUCAGAGGUUGACACAUUGUGUCCAUUGUCUCCUGUCUUCCAACCCCCAGUUCAUAAUACCUUCGCUGAGUAACCCUUGCAACCAGUAAAGUAUCACCUUCAAAACCAUGCACAGCUACAUCGUGAACCCCUCUACAAACAUAGGAGCCAGAAUGAUCAAUACAUUGAUCGUGGGCCCUCAAAAUAUAGAAGAAGAAGUGGUUCCCAGAGUCCAAGCACCCUUGAUGCCUCCAGUUUUUCCCAAGGUGUCAUAUGUGAAACUGCGAAUAUAUAAAAACAAAAUUCACACUCACUGUUUAGUUAGAGCCGAUGCAUUUUUGAAAAUACAAAUGAGAUGAAAUAUUUCAAUAACUUCACUUGACUUGAUCACAACGAUAUUUAGUUGAUACAAUUUUCUGAAACUAAUUCAACACUAAGACCAUGCGAAACUGACAUCUAUUUAUAUACCGUAGAUCAAAGUACCAAAUAAGUUUGAGAACUAACAAAGAUAAACUCAGUUAAUAUAAAGCACAAUAAAGUAAACAUGCCAAACAGUUACACUACCGUAAGUGAGUUACUGGUUGGCGCUAAGUGGAAGUCAAGGACUGUUUAAAAAAAAAAAGAAAAUUAGAAAGAAAUUUGAUCACAAAUGUUAAAACAAACAUAAACAUGAAAUUCUGUAAAAUUCAACAAAAUAACUUAUAAACAAAUUAAUUUUGUUUUAUUUCUAAAUACCUUCGAGGGCUGCAUAAUAUCAGUUGCCGGGCUGCAGCGGCCCGAGGGCUGUGGUUUACCCACCACUGGUUAAUACGACCUUAUCACUUAACCAUUGUUGAUAUUCAUUUUAAAAUGUUAAGUUGCAGUUUAAAGUUAAAAAUUGUCAGGCAGUCUUAAAAUAUAUCCCCUGAACAUGCAGUUACCUUGCAGGAGUUCAAGCCAAAAAUAUUCUAAAUCGAUGUUUAAAAAAAACCAUUGAUAAUGAAGGGGCUAAUUUUAUUUUUAUGGAACUAAUUAUUUCAGAAUUUAAUAUAUUAGAUUAAAGAACCAUGGUCUAGUAAUCUAUGCUACUUUGUAACUUCUCUUGAUUAUAUGGUUACACAAUUGUUAAAUAAUUUCACUUUUGGAGCAUUUAUUUCAAUAUUCAUUAUAUAUUUUUUCAAUUGAAAAACCAAAAUAGUUUGGAAUCAACACGGAGGUCACUUAUGAAGAAUUCAACAAAUGGGUGAAUGAUUACUGCCCUCACCUGUUUCAUUGUGUCCACAACUGGGUAUGCCAAGUCUUAACUGGGUCCUCGCUACCUGAAGAAAUGGUAAGCCAUCUCUAUAGGUUUUCUUUAAUUUAUAAACAAAAGUUGAUUCUAUUUGAUUUUCAAACCUGUAAGAAUUUGUACGCAUGGUAUUUUCCAGAGGACAUUUGACAUAAUAAUGAGUUCUGAAUUAUAAGAGUUUGCAGUGUUAUUAUCAAAGUUUUUAAAUGUAUCAGGAAAUGGCACGGGUUCCUCAUCUUGAAGGUCUAACUGCUGGUAAUAACUGCACUUCCAUGGCCAUUUUGUGGCUUCUAUCCCUGACUCUGCCUCCAAUCUACACCAAGCAACCAGAUCCUUACAAACCGGAUGGUGCUUCAGCAUCUUCAGCCACAAAAGAUCCAAUGUGGACAUCAAUGCUGCUCUUAAGAAAAAUUGUAAGUUUCUUGGCCUUUUUUUUUAAUGUCUAAGGCUUUUGUAUUUUUUAAUUUGUAGUUAAGUUUUAAAAAAUAUUUUACAAUAAGUUUUAAAUAAUGAAACAGUGUAUUUGUAUUAGGAGGCAUUAUUUGGUUGUAGCAAUGAGCUAUGCAUUAUUCCUUCAUAUUUUUAAUGAUCUAUACAAAUAGUUUUGUUAAAAAAGGAAUAAAGAUCCAGUUUUUUAAAUAAACAUUAUUUUAUUUUACAUGGCACAACAUGACUUUUAAAAAAUCAGUUUAUUUGUUGGCAAUUCCCUUGGUGAGCCUGGAGUUUGAAUUUAUUAGAUGAAACUUGCCUCUGAUUUGGCAUAUCUGUUUAUCAGGAUUUAUUUUUAAAAUUUUUUACAUUACAUCCUAACAAUGAUAUCCACUUAUUUAAUUUGUAGAAAUCUUCAUAAAAUAUAAUAAAAAACUUUCCCGCUGAUAAGGUUUAUUUUAUAAAUUUUUAACAGGCAAGACUACCAGAAGUUCAGAGCUGGAGACUAUUGUAUAAUUCGGACAACCAUGGGAUGUCAAUCAAUAGGUAGUUAAUAAUUUUGAGAUUUAUUAGGGUUUUAAACAAUGUUUAUUUUAACAUAUAAAUAUCUUAUACACGCUUAAUUUAGUAAUUUUUCUGUUAAUUUCUGUGAAAUGAAUGAGAAACCUUUAAUUCUUACAGCCCAAAUAUUUUAGCUUUUUGCUUGAAAACAUAAGUAAUUUUAUGGUGGGUAAAAGAAUUAAGUUGUCCAAUAUUUCCCAUCGAUUAAUGGCUAAAUAUACCCAUCAAUUCAGGUGUAAAAUAGACUCUAUGGUGAACUAAGAUGAAGUUGCUACAUUUAAUUUAAAAAAAGAAGAGUAUUCAAUGACCAAAAUUAGCAUUUAUAACAUUUGACACAAACUCAAUCUCAUUCCUUUUUUAGGGCUGUGUUAUUAGCCUUCAUGGCCCAACUCAACACUUUUCAUCUUCUGGACUGUGCCACAUAACACCUGCAUAAUUUAGGGUCACCCACCCUUAAUCUAGAAUCUUAAAUUUUAUCUAAGAACUGCAACUGCUUUUUAAUUAAACAAUUUUUUAAAAACCUUCUAUCGUAUUAGUGCAAACCAAAAGAACCAGUGGUACUGUCUUUGUUAAGGGUUCUAUCAUAAGUUCCUGAUGUCAGUUUAUAAUAAUUUUCUACCAUUUUUGCAUUUCAAAAAAAAAAAUUAAACCUGAAGAAUUUACUAAGAAUGUAUAAACUGGGAAUUAUUGUAGUACCGGUAACUUGCAACUUUUAUGCCAUAAGUAUAAAGUUUUAAUUACAAACAAAUCAUCCAAUUUUAGAGAUUGUUUCUUCAUUUUUAAAUGUUUUGUUUUUCCAGAUUUAACAACCAUGUUUCUUCAUAUCAUGCUCCCACUGUGACUUUUUUUGCCUUUGAGGGGAGAAAUCUCUACUGUCUGGCUAUUGACAGAGGAUGGGCGUAAGAAUUUUUUGUAAUAUGUUUGGUGAAACUCAAACUUCUGAUAUUCUCGUGUUGUUUUUUUGUGGUGAAACUCAAACUUCUCAUAUGCUCAUGUAUUUUUUAUUGUUAAAGAAAUAAUCUUGGUAGAAGAAAUACUAUUAUGUUUGGAAAUAUUGUAAGGCAGUCUGGAUAUUUACAAUCCUAGUUUUCUCAUUUUAGCUAUAGUAGUAUAAUAAUUGCCUUUGACAGAACAUAAAUGUAAUAAGUCAGGAAAUAUGUAAUGGUAUUAGAAUAAUUUUUUGAUCCAUUUCUCUUACUAAAGAGAGGGACCAGCCAAAUUUGGUGGUGUUGACUGUCGGUUGAUACAGCUACUGCCAGUUUAUCGUGUGAUACAAGGUAAAUUAUUGUAAAACAAUAAUGUAAAUCCACAUAUGAAGCUAUAUGUUAUAAAAUGUAUUACCUGCAGCAGAAUCUGAUUGUAAUAUUGAAUCCCUUUUACAUAAUUGAUGAUUUCAUCAAUCAAAGGAUGUAGUUGUUAUGACUUUCUUAUGUUGACAGCCUUUACAAAAAGACACAAAAAAAUUAUUUAAGUUUCAUCGUUACAGCUGGAGAAAAGAUGAUAAGAUGGAGUGAACAUGCCAGGGAGAUCCCUAAAGGAAUUACUGUCGGUUGUGAAGGGAAAGCACAAGUUCUACGUUUAUCUGUUGAAUUUGACAAAAUUUACCACUAUGAAGUGCCUUGUGAAUUGCAUAAGAUUGAGGUAUUUUAUAAAGUGCCUUGUGAAUUACAUAAGAUUAAGGAAAUUUUAUUGUUAUUUGAUAUGAUGUAUAUGUUGCUAAUUAUCUGGAUCAUAUAUUCCUAUUUGCUUCAUUUUUGUCUCUUCUUCAGUUUUUAAACAGAUCUAUUUGCUUUUAUUUACUUGGCAAUGGCUUUUUUUUGUCCACCUGGUUCUGUGCUGCCUUUUUUUUUUUUUUAAAUGAAGCAAAAAAAAUAUUAUUACAGUUACAUUUGGCAAAUUUUUUAAGUGUAGAAGUCAGUAAAUUAGGAGAGAUUUUUUUUUUUUUCUUUUUGUUUUUGUUUUUUUUUUUUUUUUUUUUUUAAAUGAAGCAAAAAAAAUAUUAUUAAAGUUACAUUUGGCAAAUUUUUUAAGUGUAGAAGUCAGUAAAUUAGGAGAGAUGUGGAUUGAAAAUGUUAAGAAAUAACUUGGCUAAUUCAUCAUUAAAAUUCCUAAAGUUGUUACCUAACAAUAAUUUUCAUAAAGCAAAAUGUGUUUCUGAGUCAUUUAUUAUUUUUUUUAAAAUCUUUAUUUUGUUUAUAAGUUGUUGAUAAUAACAAAUUUAACAUCACAUUUUCUAUUUAUACAAUAUAUUUUUUCUCCUUCCACGCUUUAUUCUAUUGUAAUAUGUGGUAUCAAGAGUUCAUCAUGAAAAAAAUAUUUUUUUAUAACUUAUUUAACACAUGUAUAACACUUAUUCUACCUGCAUAGGUCUGGGGAUGUGGUACAGAAACUGCUCUUAAAGCCCAGGAGAACCAAAGAAAAUGGGAAGCCUCUGCUAUCAGAAAAGAGCAGUCAAGAAAGGUAUGAACAUCAUAUAUGUGAUGAAGUAACAUCUGUAAGAUAGUCCUAAUAAACAUAAGAAUGUGGGCAAACAGAAUCUGAUUUUAGAAAUGUAUGUAUUUAUUCUGAUCUUUUCUUUUGGGAGCUAUGCCCAUUCUUAUUCUUUUCUUUCCUUUUUAGGCAUAAGUAGGAUAUAAUUAUAAAUAUAUUAUGUCAAUUUAAUUUGUAAUUAAAUUCAUGUUUUUUGUUGUAGGUACCUAUGAAGGCAUGUGCUAAAAUGUUUGAAUUUGUGUUUUGACUAAUCCUAAUUAAAGAUUAACAAAAAUUGUUUGCAUCAUCAUUAUUCUGGUAUUUUAGCUUUAUUCACUUGAAGAUCAUUUAAAUUUUUAUUGGCCCCACAGCAAAGUUAGAACUUGUAGACGCUAUAUCUAAAUUGUAUCAGAAGUGAUAUGCCACCUCAGAAAUUGACAGUGACGAUGAUAAUACUAAGUUUCAUUAAAUGUGGCAUAAUUAUAAAAUAUUAAACGUAACUUACUAUUAAAUAAAUUUAUGUAAACAUCUCUAUCAAUUUCAGUUGAGACCACAAGCCUAUGGUGAAUCGUGGGAUGACAGUCCUGAUAAACAGAUAUUGCAAUGGGGAGGAGUUGAUGUUGGAAAUCACUCUUACAAUCGAUAGUAGUAAAAGGCAAUAGAAAUAAUAAAUGUUUUAAUUUAAAAAAAACAAAUUAUCUUUUCUAUAAUGAUUGAUAUUUAUGGCUAUUAUUUAUUUUAAGAAAAAUUAAAAUAGAUUUUUUUUUUUUUAAAUGAUACCAUCCACCCAUUCCUGUGGCACUACAGCCCAUGGAGGGCUUUGGCCUGCCU